UUUCAAAUGCUACCGCGAAGACUGUUUGGUUUUGCUCGCUUACCUGCACUUCGUGCACCAACUCUACUUCCUACAUUCAGACCAACCCGUAAUCUUCCUCUCACCAAUGCGCCGCGCUCUUCCCAAUCUCGUCUCUUUCAACACUUUCCUGCUCGUCUAAAUUCCCCCCCUUCGUCAGAACCUUUGCCAGCCGAUGCGACGAGGAUGCAGCGUCUCAAACACCUGUUCAAGUCAUACGGGUUCUACGCUCUCGGGGUUUACCUCGUCAUCAGCGUUUUCGACUUUGGGCUUGCGUUCGGGCUCAUACACCUCAUUGGUGCCGAUUACGUCGAACAUCUUACGAAAGUGUCUAAGGACUUUGUGCUUGGUUACAUCAGAAACAACAAGCCGCCAGAGCCAGGUCUUGAACAAGUGGAUCCAGCGCCUAGAAGUGGUCAGGAGGGGAUUUACGCGAUGCUGCUGCUUGCCUAUGGGGUUCACAAGACACUCUUCCUACCGCUCCGCGUUGGACUCACUGCAUUUCUCACCCCGAGUCUGGUCCGUUGGUUGAGACAGCGUGGUUGGGCUGGAAGUGCAGGAACAAAGAGGGCAGCUACCCAAAUACGAGAACGGCUGAGGAAGACAACGAGAGACGAUUGA